AUGGAAAGCCAUGCCGUAACAUACGAAUUUAUUCAGUUAAUCAUCAGGAAGCUGGCUCGUAGUAGGCGUUGCGGACACUGUCGACGCCGUAUCUGUCCGCAUAUGCUGUCAUUGUUUCUGCUAUUCACAGAAGAACUUGAGAAGAGACGGCGAAAACUCUAUAUGAACGCUAACGGAGAUGAGGAACUUUUUCACGAAUACACACGUUUGACCUUCAGCGAAUUUGAAAGCCUUCACAAUCGCCUCAAGGAUCGACUUCAGCAUUUACGUUCACAUCGAUACCCGAUUGAUACAAUUCACCGUCUUGCCAUUUGUCUAAGAUAUCUCGGCCAUGGUAGGAGCUUUCAUGCCCUCGGGCAUGAAUUUCGUCUGGGCCGCUCUACCGUCACUGCAAUAGUGUACGAAGUCUGUCGAGCAAUCCUAGCAGAGUUCCGGCACGAAGCGCUCCCAUUGCCGACACCAGAGACGUGGAAAGAGAGUGCUGACGGUUUUCAAAAUCUAUGGAAUUAUCCUAGAGGCAUUGCGGCCAUUGAUGGAAAACACUUCCGUUGUAUCGCCCCAAUCAACAGCGGAUCUAGCCAUUUCAAUUAUAAAGGCUUUUUUUCCAUCGUCCUGUUGCUGGUUGUGGACAGCAACUACAAGAUUUUAUUGCUUGAUUGUGGAGGGAAGGGACGCAUUUCUGACUCUGGGUUAUUUCGUACUUCACCGAUUCGGCGUUCUUUGGAGAACGCGAAAGCAAGUUUCCCACCAUCCGCUCCCCUCGGUCGCCAUGGCACAGUCGAGUACCACGUUCUGGCGGAUGGCGGUUUUCCGCAAACUUCAUGGAUGCAACGUCCGUUCCAACAACAAGAAGCUUGCCGGGACGCGAAAAAAACUCAUUUCAAUGAAUGCUUUAGUUCGGCUCGCCGUGUCGUCGAAAGUGUAUUUGGUAUCAUAUGCUCUCGAUUCCGAGUUUUUCAAGCGCCGUUACAAGGAUGCCCUGAGAACAUGAAACUAAUCAUAAUCACGGCUUGUGUACUGCACAAUUUGCUGGCCAAAUCACUCACACGCGACGAAUUGUCAAGCAGGUACCCGCACAAUGUUUUGGAUGAGAACGAAGUUGCUCGUCCAAGUCGUGCACAAACGCAGGAUGAUGCACGCGCGCAAAGACGUCUUGUUGAGUACUUCGCAGAGCGCGAUGGGUACGAGUAA